AAGCCCAGCGCGGAGGAGAUGCACACUGUGCUCUCCCACAGAGAUGACACGGGCUCUCCUCUGUAUGGGCUGCGCUGGCUCUGAGGACAAAAUGGCUCCAGAGCGCUGCACGCACAGAGAGUUUUUGGAAAUACAAAGGUGUGGUAUGUUCACAUCAAAAGGUACCUCCAGUUCAGAGAUACGUAUGACUGAAGGGAGCCAGGUAGUGCUAGUUGUGCUGGUGUUUUACGUCCUGUGAAAACUGCAAAGACAGAUGGAGUCCAACUUCCCAUGAUGAAGGCCGACACGUAGCCUGGGGAGUACAGCAACUUUCAGGUGCUAACGUUAACUCCGUAUUUCAGUCAGAGCUUUAGAAAUAAAGCUACACUUGAUAUCUUUACCAGUGUAGCUAGCCACUCUUGAACAAGCAGCUAUCACUUAUAAUUUUAGACUUCUAUUUAGACAUGGACAUAGUUAUACCCCUUUUGAAGUCAUGCUGAAUUUGAUACCAGAUACACUUUCUAGGCCCCUCUUAGAGCUACUGAAUUGGAAUGUCCUAGGAACCAUCAAAGUUUAAAAAAAAAAAAAAAAAAAAAGAAGAGAGAGAAGAAAAUCUUGUAAAGAGAAAAUAAAAAUACAAAAGGAAACCAUAAGCAUCAAUACCAGGAACGUAAAACCCAGACCUCAGAAGCUGCGAGGCAGAGGAAGGCACGUGUGUUUUGGGGUGGCUGCCAGCAGGUGGACUCCAAAAGCCCUUAUAGAAGCAGUGUUUCCUGUGGAGGCAGCCAGAAGAGCAGAGCCCGUGGAGGUGCCUUCCUCCCCAUUGCCCCACGCCGCUCACCCCAGCACUGCUUGCCGGAGUGAGAUGAAGUGGAACAGGAUUGCCGUCUUUGUCACCCUGCAGGCACAGCUCCAUGUUACAGAUGCUGUAACAGUUCUUGGACUGAUGGACCCCAGGCUCUGCUACAUACUGGAUGGAUUCCUCUUCAUUUACGCAGUCAUCGUGACAGCCCUUUUUGUGAAAGCUAAGCUUACCCAGGCUCAGGAACCACAGCAGCUGCCCGGCCAGGAUGAUGUGUACAAUAAACUGUCUCGUGGGCACAGAGAUGAAUAUGAUGUUCUGGGAGCAAAGCGAGGUGCAGACCCUGAGAUGGGCGGGAGACAUGAGCAGAGAAGAAAGAACCCCCAGGACACCCUCUACAGUGCACUGCAGAAGGACAAGAUGGGCGAGGCAUACAGUGAAAUUGGAAAGAAAGGAGACCAUCAGAGACGGCGAGGGAAAGGGAACGAUGCUGUUUACCAGGGGCUCAGUACAGCGACCAAGGACACCUAUGAUGCUCUCCAAAUGCAGCCUUUGCCGCCCCGCUAAGCAGGGGUCACAGAGGGGAUGGGCAAGAGUGAGAGAUGCCCAUAUGCUCUGGGGAAGGAGAUGAGUGAAGGCCUUUUUCAUCCAAAACAAGCACCAUGUAUUUUCCUAGUGCAGCAAUCUACUUCGGCUGGUGCACAGAGGGAGUAUGUCUGGACUUGGUCAGUUCCUUCUCCCUUCCCUCUUGAAUCAUGCAACUGCAAGCUUUAGCUAUUAAAAUGUACAUAUCUGUAAAGUUUUUUCCAAUAAUAGUAGCUAUUAGGCUGAUUUUUGUAAGAUUUGUGUUGUAGGACCCUACCAUACCUAAUGCAGCUCUUUCUGUAGCUCUUACUUACCUUCCAGGGCUAUCAAGUCAUGUAAUUGCAGUUUCAAGGCAUUUAAAGACCCUUGUAAAGAUAAGGCUGUAGUUAUUUCCUGCAGUAUUUAUCUUAAGAACAUUUGACAAUGGCCAGCUAAACUUUCUGCUUUAAAUUUACCAUUCAAAAACUGCUGCAGUGUACAAUUUUUUUUCUUCAACUGUGAAAAGUGACGCACUGUUACUGUAGUGAAGGACAGAGGCUCAGUGCCAGCUCUUCAGUAUGAAGAAAAUCAGUGCUACGCUCCCACAAAAAAAUCAGGUUGUGGCAUCACCACUCAUGCAGCACCUAGAGGUAAACAAGAGCCAGGUGACCUGUGAGCGAUUUCUCAGAAGGCAGACGAUACUCCUGCUGCAGUGAAAACAAGGAAGAUGGACUCUGAU